CUCAUCUGGGCCAGUCGUUCGCUACCAUGGCUGGUGUUGACUUUUUAGGAAAAGCAAUCGAAAUUGUCAAAAAGGCUACAGAAGAAGAUGGCAAAGGCAACUUUGAAGAAGCAUACAAGCUGUACACGAAUAGUCUAGAAUAUUUUAUGACUGCCAUGAAAUAUGAAAAAAAUGACAAGCUUAAAGAAUCUAUUCGCAAAAAGUUUACAGAGUAUCUGGAUCGUGCAGAAAAGCUCAAAGAGUACUUGGCAAAGCAGCAAAAAAAGAAAAAGCCGGUUUCUGUCGGUGAUUCUGGAGGAAAUGGAAAACAUCAGGAUAAAUCCAGUGAUGAGGACGAUGAGGAGGAGGAUGGAGAUGGUAAAGGAAAGAAAGAGGAUGCAGAUACCAAGAAACUUAAAAAGGCACUUGCCGAAGCAAUUUUACAGGAAAAGCCCAAUGUGCAUUGGGAUGAUGUUGCUGGUCUUGAAGGUGCCAAGGAAGCACUCAAAGAGGCUGUUAUUUUGCCGAUUCGAUUUCCUCACUUGUUUACAGGGAAACGAACCCCAUGGCGUGGUAUUCUUCUCUAUGGGCCUCCUGGUACUGGUAAAUCAUAUCUGGCCAAAGCCAUUGCAACAGAGGCAGAUGCUACGUUUUUCUCUGUUAGCUCAGCAGAUCUUGUAUCCAAAUGGUUGGGUGAGAGUGAAAGACUUGUAAAGCAACUUUUUACUCUGGCUCGCGAAAACAAACCAUCGAUUAUUUUUAUUGAUGAAGUAGAUUCGCUCUGUGGCAGUCGUGGCGAAGGAGAAUCCGAGGCAUCGCGGCGUAUUAAAACUGAAUUUCUUGUGCAGAUGCAAGGUGUGGGAAACGAUACUACUGGUGUGUUGGUACUUGGUGCCACAAAUAUCCCAUGGCAGAUAGACAGUGCUAUUCGUCGUCGAUUUGAAAAACGAAUUUAUAUUCCAUUACCAGACUUGAAUGCUCGUGCACGCAUGGUCAGUCUGGAUAUUGGAUCGACACCCUGUAGACUAGGCCAAAAAGAUUUUCGGAUGCUGGGUGAACGAACUGAAGGAUUUUCUGGAUCCGAUAUUGCGGUACUUGUUCGUGAUGCAUUGAUGGAGCCUAUUCGAAAAGUUCAGAAUGCUACGCAUUUUAAACAGGUACAAGCUCCAUCGCGAAAAGAUCCAAAUGUCAUGACAGUGCAUCUUACUCCAUGCUCGCCAGGCGAUCCAGGAGCAAUUGAAAAAUCAUGGACAAGUGUUGGAUCGGAUGAGUUGUUAGAACCAGAACUUACAAUUGCUGAUUUUCUUCGAUCGGCGGCUACAGCCCGACCAUCAGUAAAUCAAAGCGAUUUAGAACAAUAUGUCAAGUGGACGGCUGAUUUCGGACAGGAAGUCUGA